ACAAAGCAACGAUCAGAACCAAUCUGGCUCAUAAUUAUUUUUAUUUUUCCGAAAUUUGUUUAAAUCGUGUUCCGAAAAUAAGAGAGAGCUGUGAGAUUGAAUCGAGGUUGAACCUCAGUGUGUUGUGGCACAGAAAAAGAAGCUCAGAGAGUGUUAGAGAGAGAUUAAGGAAGGGAUUGAUGUGAACUUGAAAAAGCAAAGAAUCAAUCCAUGGUGUUGAGUUUGUUCGCUUGAUUGAGCUGAAUCGGCGUCCUUUUGAUUCCUCUCUCAGUCACACUGUCUCUCUGACUCGGUCAGAUUCAAAUAUUGGAGAUUGAUGCGAUGUCCUCUUCACCUGCCUAUCUGCAUGCAGUGCUGAGUUGAUACCUCUGGUUCUUAUCUCAUGCUAUUUUAGUUGUGUAAUAUCUAAUGGUGCCUGUUUAAUUAGUUACACCUUGUUGGAUGAUUAGUAGAUGAGUAUACUCAAAAUUAAAGUUUGGUGAUAUUAAUUAGCAUUGAAGGAGAGCGUUUGUCAAUUACAUUAUCAGUGGAGUUGAAGGGAGCAUUAUAGUUGUGGAAAAGAAGCAUCUUCAUAAAGUUGUUGGAUGCACUUUCUAGUUUGGAUUGAGAAAAGGGGAAAUGCUACCAACUUGGAAGUAUUAUAACAUUGCUUUCACCGCUUCAGUAUGUGAUCUAUUUUUUUUCAGUGGUGCAUUUAAUAAUAAAAAUACUGAUGUUAUGAUAUAAGAAGAAAAAUGGAGCAUGUUUUGGAAAAAAGAUUUCCUCUUAGUGCAGAAGAUUACAAGUUAUAUGAAGAAGUUGGUGAAGGCGUUAGUGCCUCCGUAUACAGGGCUCUUUGCAUUCCCCUCAAUGAGAUAGUUGCCAUCAAGGUUCUUGAUCUAGAGAAGUGCAAUAAUGAUCUGGAUGGCAUUCGAAGAGAGGUACAGACCAUGAGCUUGAUUGAUCAUCCAAAUGUUUUACGGGCACAUUGUUCUUUUACUGCUGGACACAAUCUAUGGGUUGUAAUGCCAUACAUGGCAGGGGGGUCUUGCCUUCAUAUAAUGAAAUCUUCCUUUCCUGAGGGUUUUGAUGAGCCUGUUAUUGCUACUUUAUUGCAUGAAGUUCUCAAAGCUCUUGUUUAUCUUCAUGCCCAUGGUCACAUACACAGAGAUGUUAAGGCUGGGAAUAUUUUGCUUGAUUCUAAUGGUGCAGUCAAACUAGCUGACUUUGGAGUGUCAGCAUGUAUGUUUGACACUGGAGAUAGGCAACGUUCAAGAAACACUUUUGUUGGAACACCUUGCUGGAUGGCUCCCGAAGUCAUGCAGCAAUUACAUGGAUAUGAUUUUAAAGCAGAUAUAUGGUCAUUUGGUAUAACGGCACUUGAACUUGCUCAUGGUCAUGCCCCAUUUUCCAAGUAUCCACCUAUGAAAGUUUUGCUUAUGACUUUACAAAAUGCCCCUCCAGGUCUUGAUUAUGAAAGAGACAAGAGAUUUUCAAAGGCUUUCAAAGAGUUAGUUGCGACCUGCUUAGUAAAAGACCCAAAAAAGCGUCCAAGUUCAGAAAAGCUUUUAAAGCACCACUUCUUUAAAAAUGCACGUGGCACCAAAUAUUUAGCUCGAACCAUUCUAGAUGGUCUUGCUCCUUUGGGAGAUCGUUUUAGAUUGCUGAAGGCUAAAGAGGCGGAUUUAUUGGUGCAGAACAAGGCUCUUUAUGAGGACAAGGAGCAAUUAUCACAGAAAGAAUAUAUUCGAGGAAUUAGUGCCUGGAAUUUUAACCUGGAGGAUUUAAAAAAUCAAGCUUCUCUUAUUCAAGAUGAUGACAUAACUAGUGCAGAAGAGCCACAUAGGGAUAAGAAGCAAAAAGACAGAUUGGAUGACUUCAGGGUUCCUGCAGAGGGGCUAUCAGCUGUAGUGUCUAAUCAUUCAGAUGAUGCAUCCAUGCAGGACAAGGAGAAUACUGGACAGGAUUUACAUAACAUCCUAUUUCAGGGUGGAUUCAACAAUCUUCGGGAUUUGGAGGGUUCACUUGCUUCAUUUCCUAGUAAACCUCUUCAAGCACUUAAAGGAUGUUUUGAUAUGUGUGAGGACGACGUUAAUAAUAGCAGUCCAAGAGAUUUGGAUCAUGAUUAUGGACGGAUUAACAAUGAAAACUCUGGGCCAAGUACUUCAUUACAACAAAAUGCUAUUGCUCAGCAAAAAAAGUUUUUGAGUGGUUCUUUGCUACCUGACAAUUUUCUUUUUCCCAAAAAGGUUGUUACUGAUGGGGACAGGGAUUAUCUACAAACAAAAUAUUCUUCGGAGAGGAAUCACAGUGGUCCAUUGCAAUAUCGGCAGAAGAGAGAUACCAACAACCUCCCAAUGGUUGAUGACACAUCAGACGGAGCAUUUGUCCAGCGUAGGGGGCGGUUUAAGGUUACUUCAGCAGAUCUCAGUCCAAUGGGUCCUUCAAACAGCACUUCUGGCCCAAUUGUUAGUCCUACCAGUCCACCAAAUCAAAAUUUUUUGGCUGCUGCUAUUCUUCCAUCACUGCAGUGCAUCCUGCAACAGAACGGUUUACAGAGGGAAGAGAUUAUUAAAUUAAUAAAGUAUGCAGAGCAAUCUUCUGGCAAGAAUACAGAAUCAGUGGAAGCAGGGAUAGUUGAUAUUUCGCAGGUACCACCAGCAACAACCAGGGAGCGAGAGCUCCAUUUUCAGGUGAUUCAACUCCAACAGAGCAUUGGGAGCCUUGUCGAGGAAUUGCAAAGACAAAAGAUGAAAAAUGUUCAGUUAGAAAAACAGUUGAGCAGUAUGGUUAACAAAGUGGAAAAGUGAAGAACAAGAUAAGACCGUUAUCAUGGUUUGACCGGUAUUGAACAACACCUGACUUUCAGUGACAAUAUUCAAUGAUGGUUUGAGACAUACUUGAGGGAUGGGGGCACGUCUCAGUUGUAUUACCAUGUGUGAACUUUUGUUUGCGGCAGACACUAAUUUUUGAGAUGCUAUUCCUUGAGUCACCUGUAAAAUGUAAUUUAUUGACGAGAUAAUGAGUUCAUGUAAUUUAAACCCCUCUUUCUCUAUCUUAUCCUACCUAAAACUUACCCUUCAGAAUUCAGAUUAAUGCAUAUAACUACAUAGCUCUGAUGUAGCAAUCUCUGUCUUCUGUGUUUCAAUAAAUUUAUAUCACCUGACAACCAAAUCCUUUCCUGACACACGGAAUGACUGGUGUUGAAGUGUAUAAUUCCAAUGGUUGAUGAAAAUUAGCAAUUUCUUUGAUACUGUGACAAUAAAUUCUCAGUGGAUUGUAUUUCUUCAUAUAAUCGGCAGUUGAACUUUGUGUGCAUGUAGAUACAAAUGAACUGAUUUUUAUGAUUAUUUUA